UGUAUAACGGGGGAGAGUUAGGUUCUAGGCUGAAGGUCCCAUAGUGAAAGUCUGAUUAACAAGUGAAAAGCAUAUGAAGUUACUACAGAAGUGUUAGGCAGCACAGGAGACUUCAGAAAUGAAGACCCAAAGAGGCAGGGAAACUUGGGUGUUUUUUUAUGCGAAGUUUGAUGAAGAGGUGGACAGUCAUACGAAGUAGGAUUGGACAAAGGGCUAUGAUUUAAUGGUGAUCACGGGGAAACCUCAUGUUUGGAUUUUUUCUCUCUGUGCCCAUGUCUUCACAGAUAACAAUAUUCCUUUCCUCUGGGGAUAGGGUAGGCAGCUCUAGAAUAAGAGUCUUAAGACCUCAGAGGAAGAGCCACUAGGUAUAUGGGCUGCCUCAGGGGGAGCAGAGGAGAGGGAAAGGGGAAAGAGACUACCCUAUUUCUGCUGUUUUCUCAAAUGCCACCGUCCUAUAUUUUGGCAAGUCUUGAAUUACACCUGAUGUUUUGUACCCAAAUUAAUUCAUAGGCAGUUUGCUUUCACACUAACAACUCACAUUUUAAUAUAAAACUACCACCAAAAAUAUUCACUACAUUAGAUUCAGGCAGGACAGGAACAUUAUUAUAUUCAGCAAAGAACAAAGGCUAAUGAUAUUUCACAAAUUUCAUUAAGUAUAGUGUAAGUAAAUAUGGCAAAUUAUACAAACUCAGCACAUCUGGAUUACAGUCUGAUUCAGAUAUUGCAAACAUGUUGAGGGCCAAGUUAUUGUUCUAUAUUGUUUGCAGUUUCCUUAACACCUAGCAAAGUAUUUUCACAAGUAAUACCUGGGGCUUGACUGGCUUUGUUGAUUAAUAUCCAAAACAGUUGAAUUGAUGUUUUGGUGGUAUUGCUGCCUUGCAAGUACAGGUUCAACUCCAUAACCAGAAGGAACCCUUUUAAUUUUUUUUAGUGAAAUCUCAAUGAAAUUCUUACUUUUAAAGUGCUAUUAUGGCAAAGGAACAGUGAAAUUUUGAAUGGCUAUUUGGAGAAGCAAAAAGCUGACAGCAAAACUCUGUUUUCCACUGAAGUGGGAAGUCCAUUCUUGACAAGUUAUUCAUCCCAGGCACAAGCACAAGACCUGAACUUUAAUUCAGGAGAAGAUUGAUUUUAAAACAAUUUCUUUUUAGUCUGCUUCAUUUCUUUUAAAAAUGCCUGUUUCUCUUUCUCUCUGUCUCUCUCCCUCUCCCCAUCACUGUCUUUCAAAUAAACAAAUCUUGUUUUUAAAAGGCAAAAGGAAAAAGCUUUAUAGUAAAAAAAAAUAAAGAAAUCAAAAUGUACUUUAUUCUAACACUUAGUAGGCAGGUAUAUGUAUAUUUAAUCUACUCUUUGAAUGUGUUUUAAUCCAGCCUUGUGCAUCGGGCCCAUCUUUUCAUUUCCAUUAAAAAAUUUGCAUGCACCCUUGAUAUAAGACUAAACUUAUAGUCAUGCAGUAAUGUUCUAAAAGGGAAUUUGAUAUAAACUUGAUUUAAUAAAAACAUUUUUGUUUACACCAAGAUCAUUGGAAAUAGGUUGAUCAGUCAUUAUAACACUUACCAUAUGAUUCUAUUAAGUAGCCAGUUCAAUAGCAUGUAUAUCCACUUAUAUAGAUUGAUAGUUAGCUUUUGGAUGUUUGAGGCAUGCUUAUAUGAUGAAAAACAUCAUUUGUAAUAAACACUACAUGUUAAUAAUAAAAGUUACAUUUAAAAAAAUACAAACAUAUUUGUAAAAUAUUUCUAUAAAUAACAAGCUGUGUUCAUAUCAUGAUUUAAAUUUCUUGUAAUAGGUCAUUUCAAAUGUAUAUAAAGGUAGACAGAAUAACAUUAUGAACACCCAUACACGGAGCACCAGUCCCAUCACCAACUCAGGGCUCUUCCUGUCUGGUUACACCCUUAUCCAUUUCUCUUUGCCCCAAAUUAUUGUGAAACAACUCCAAGACAUUAUGCUAUUUUAUUCACUAUUAUUUAGGUUAAUUAGGAAAGUAAUUGACCUAAAAGAUAAGGAUUUUGCUUUCUCAAAUAACUAUAUUAAUAAUUACUUAAUAUCACUGAGUGGCUAUUAUUUAAAUUUCUAAUUUUUGUUACAGGGCAAAACAAUCAGGCACUUGCUGCUCACCACUGGACAGCUGAAUAGCAAGAGAUAAGAGUUGGUAAGAGGAAAUAGUUUAUUUCAAGAACUCUGCAGUCUUGGGGGAAAAGUGAUCCUCUGGAUCCAAAACACAUUCUUUCCCACACAACCAGCCAGCAAAAAGGUUUUUAAAGGGAAGGAGUAGUUGCUGGUGGAGGGUAGGGGGGAAAAAAACAACAACAACAACAAUGAGUUCAGUCAAUUGAUAAUUAAGCAGAUUUUCAGACUUCAUUCUGAUGACAGUCCAACCAGGAAAUCCAGGAUGUCAGCCAGGCUGGAAGUUUCUUGAUAAUGGAGAUUAAUUGUUUGCAGAUGCUAAUUGCAUACUUGCUCUGGGAUGGGCAGGCAGGUAGGUUGGUCUGUAGAACUAUAUCCUCCCCCAGCUGGGUGUGAGGUCUGCCAUUCUAAGUCAUCUCAUUUCAGUAGGCUCCAGAAAUUCCCAUGCAAAUAUUAUUAUUCACUGGUCACAGGUAAUUUACAACACCAGCAGCCAGCCCUCAUCAGCCAAAACAUGAAAAGAGAGGAUGCCUGCAUUACCGUUUUAAUAUCUCAUAACAAUUGUCACAAAUGGAUUUGUGGUUUUAAGGUCUAUCACUUUGAAUCAGGAUCCAAGUAAAGUCCACUUAUUGCAAUUGAUCAUCAUAUCUUUUUUUGUAAAGAAUUAUUUAUUUUAUUUGAAAGGCAGAAUUACAGAGAGGCAGAGACAGAUCUUCCAUCUGUUGGUUCACUCCCCAGAUGGCUGCAAUUACCGGAGCUGGGCCAAUCCAAAGCCAGGAGCCAGGAGCUUCUUCCCAGUCUCCCACAUGAGUGCUGGUACCCAAGGACUUGGGCCAUCCUCUACUGCUUUCCCAGGCCAAAGCAGAGAGCUGGAUAGGAAGUGGAGCUGCUGGGUCUUGAACCAGCACCCAUGUGCGAUGCUGGCACUGCAGGUGGCGGUUUUACCCUCUAUAUCACAGCACCAGCCUCUAUCAUCAUAUCUCUUAAGUCUCUAUUAAUCCAUAAACUCCCUUGCCAAUCUGUGAGAGUGGUUUAUUUCUACUGAUGAAUUCAAGUUGUGUGUCCCUUGGUUUCCUCCAGUGGUUUGCUGAUUACACCUUCAGAGUUUCACUUGCUCUCUCUAUUCCCUGUAUUUUCUGUAAAUUGGUAAUUGAAUGGUAAAGAUUUGAUGAAUUCAGAUUUUUUGUUUGGGACUUUGGAGGAAGUGGGCAGGAUCUUUUCUCACUGGCAUUCUGCUGGAUAAUAUCAUUUUCAAUGCAGUAUUUUAAAUAUAUAUCUCCCUUUGGUGUGGGCAUGGGGUGUAUUAAUUUUACCUCAGGCCCUUUCCUGCACCAAGUCAAACAUUCUAAGUGCAGACAGGUAUAAAGUACAAAGAGUGAUCAUAAAAUUCAUUCAAAAGGUGAGAAAGCAAACACACACACACACACACACAGGUAGGCAUGGGUUGCCUCACAUGGAUAAAUGCCUGUCAUGAGUGGGCAGUGGGCCAGAAGAUUUCCCAAAGAGAGGAUAGGUGAGGGAGGAGAGAAGAAAAAGGGCACCCACAUAGCACCUCCAGCUGACCUGAAGUGAAUGAGAGCAAGAGAGAGCCUCUCCCAUUUGUUGGCUGCUUUUAUGAGGUAGGUGGUGGUGCAGUGCCUCCACAGGUAUGAAAUCACCUGGGAAUUUUAUAGCACCUCCACGAGUUCCAUGUGGAGCUUAAUAUCAAUAUUUUCAAGGUGUCCCCUCUUAGGUCCCAGAUGAAGCAGUUGCAUCCCAGGAAAGGCGGCAUUUCAAUUGACAUGUAGGAGGACGGAACUAUAUAUGGAGGCUUGUAGCUUAUCACUGGCCUAUCUCUUAUCACCUUUUUCUCUUGGGUCACCCUUGCUUUUGUUUUGCCUACACCAUAAUAUACCAGUAACCCAUAUUAAAAACACACUGCAUAUUCCUUUAUAUAUUCUAUAAGUUGACUUAAAUAUCUCUUUGCACAUGCACACAUGUAGAUUCCCUCAUUACUUUACAAAAAUGAGGUCAUGAAAAGCCUCCCAAGUAGUAGAGCUCUAAUAUAAUGCAUUUAAUGUCUGCAUUCCAUUUUGUAUAUGUACCAUUCCACCAGCCGUAGGCACUUACUUUGAUUCUUUUUUUUUUUUUUUUUUUUUUUUUUGCCACAUCUUUUCAUAUACACUGGUAUACAGUACUGGCUUUUAUUUUUAUAAAAUUAUUUCUUAAGAAGGAGACUGAUGGGUCAAAAAGUAAUAUAAUUUUCAUUUUCAUAGAUUUUUCUGGAUAAUUUUCAAAAAAAGCUGUAGCAAUUCAUGUAUCUACCAGCAGAAGAUGUGACCACCCUUUUUCCAUGUUCUAAAACAAUCUCAAAGAACUAACUAGUAGCAGGAGUCAUUCAAGAAGAGGAAACAUUUCUAAGAAAUUCCUUAACCAGCAAUUAAGGAGCUAACAGUAAUGAUUUCUCAAUAUAAAGAGUCUUAGCCAUAAUUAUUUCUCAUAUACCAAAUAGGCCUAGCACAGGGACAGCAGUUCAGAAUACUCCAAAACAGGGUCUGAAAAAGGUUUAACUGCUUAGAAUCAUCUCUAACUCCCCUCCAUGGAUCUCAGUAAGUUCUUUCCUACUAAACAGUAUUUAUAUGUUACGCAAUUAGAUAAUAUAUGGCAGUGGAUCUUAAUUCCAUUUAGUCCUUUCCUCAGGUCAGUUAAGAUUCUGGGCAAAAGAAGCCCAAGAUUGAAAGAAAUCAGGAAACCUAGCAAGAGGAUCAUUCUUAACCCAAGAAAUAUGUUUCAGUGUCCUACAUAUGACGGUCACACAAAAGAAGUACCCACAUCCUUCCUCUGUUGGAGUCACAUUUUUCUUACUAAGCCUCCACCCUGAUGUCUCACAAGUUUCCCUAUUGCUGGGAAUCCCCAGUUUUUCUGGUCCUCAGUUACCUCUAUUGUCAUUCAUCUUCUCCCUAGCUCUGACUGCAUUUCUGGUACAAUGACCUCCCAUAUAAUACUCCUCAUCCUAUUUUUCAACCUUGGACCGCCUAUUUGAGUAAGCUGAAAGAACGUGUUCUGCAAAUAAGGAAACUCUUUCUUCAAAGACUCUAUGAAUGUCUCCAUGACUCAGUUCCUAACUAUUAGUAUUUUUAAGGAUCUUACACAGAGAGGAACAGAUUAGCCCAGCUUCAUUUUACAGUUAGGAGAGUCAUGAAAAGCCAAAUGAGUAACAAAGCUCCUAGCUAUGCAGGUCAAAGGUGUUAUUGGUAUAAGAAGGAUGACCCAUGGACAGGUUCCCUUUACUGAGGAAAUAAAAGAACUGUCCAUUGCCAAAGGGAGGAGGAAAAAAACACCAAGUACACUGGUAAAAAUGUGAAGUAAUGUGACACAUAAUAGUUAUGCAGAAACACACUCCACUGAUAGAGAUCUUGAGAGAAAAUUGCAUUAUUACAUCAGGAAGGAGGAGGUCAACAUAUAUCACCAGCCUCAGUCUCCUGGCCAGUUUCACAAAGGAGACACCAGACAUACUCCAAGAGUUGGAUCGAUUCCAGCCUGCAGUGCAGAGAGAUAGGAGUAGCACUGUCACACACAGGGGAAAAAUGCUCAUUUGGGUGUUAGCUCUCCUGCUCCUCUGUGGCUUUCUGUGGAAUUACAAAGGAAAACUAAAGAUUGCAGACAUCACCAAUAAGUAUAUUUUCAUCACCGGGUGUGAUUCGGGCUUUGGAAAUUUGGCAGCCAGAACGUUUGAUGAAAAAGGAUUUCAUGUAAUUGCUGCCUGUCUGACUGAAUCAGGAUCAACAGCUUUAAAGGCAAAAACCUCAGAGAGACUUCACACCGUGAUUCUGGAUAUAACUGAUGCAGAGAGCGUCAAAAGGACUGCCCAGUGGGUGAAGAACCAAGUUGGGGAAAAAGGUCUUUGGGGUCUGAUCAAUAAUGCUGGUGUCCUUGGGAUGCUGGCUCCCAGUGACUGGCUGACAGUGGAGGACUACAGAGAACCUUUUGAAGUGAACCUGUUUGGGCUCAUCAAUGUGACAUUAAAUAUGCUUCCCUUGGUCAAAAAAGCUCAUGGGAGGAUUGUCAAUGUCUCCAGCGUUGGGGGUCGGAUUUCAAUUUCUGGUGGGGGCUAUAGUCCCUCCAAAUAUGCAGUGGAAGCCUUCAACGACAGCUUAAGGCGGGACAUGAAAGCUUUUGGUGUGCAUGUCUCAUGCAUCGAACCAGGAAUGUUCAAAACCCAAUUGUCAGAAUCAUCCAAGAUAACUGAAAGACAACUCGCCAUUUGGAAGCAGCUCUCUCCAGACAUCAAACAACAGUAUGGAGAAAGUUACAUUGAAAAACGUAUGGCCAAACUGAAGUUCACUUCAGCAUUUAGGAAUCUGGACCUCUCCUUGGUGAUACAGUGCAUGGAGCAUGCUCUGACAAGUCUCUCCCCUAAGACUCACUAUGCUGCUGGAAAAGAUGCCAAGACUUUCUGGAUCCCUCUGUCUUACAUGCCAGCAGUUUUGCAAGACUUUUUAUUGCUGAAACGGGAUGCAAAGCUGGCUAAUCCCAAGGCAGUGUGAAUAAGUUGACCACAAGUGCCUGCCCCGGGCUAUGAGACUGACUGAUUGCAAGGACACAUCUACUUUUAAAUCAUGUUACUGAUCUAAUCUAAACCUGAUUCACUUAAUCAUGUUUCUUUUGAUAAAAGAAGGGGUCCUGCCAUCAAUGGUGAUGUCCAGCAUCCCCUCUGAAGCUUUCUUUGAAAAUGACAAGGAUGCUGCAUCACUUAGGCAAGUCCUCCCCAACACUGAGGGUUUGCCUGCUUGGUACAAUGCAAGGACGAUCUAAAGACCGCCCCCCCCCCCCAAUCAUUUGUAUCACCACUUGCCCCAGUCUUACAGAGUAUCUCCUAAACAUUAAACUUUGUCUCAUCAAAAUAUUAACAGACAAGUAGCAUACUUUUGUAAAUGGAUUAAAUGUAUUCUAUUAUCUCACUGAGAAUAAAUCUCUCAAGAACUAGAACUCAGUCCUGGUAAGCCUUGAUGGGCAGAAGAAAAGAAAAGAAAGGAUGGUAAGUAUGAUGUGACAUUGGUAGAAGCUGAGGGGCAGCAGAAAAACAGUAGGUAAGACUGCAAGUGUAAGGGAAGAAUAAAAACAGGAAAAGAAGUAAGAGGAUUUCAAAGAAAGGAUUUAGAUUUACAUAGGAAGGGAGACUCCGAAAGACUUGAAGGCAAGUCUUCCUAAGGAGAGACUUAUGGAGGAUGAGUAUCCUAUUAAAGGUCACUGUGAACACUGAUGCAUAUCAUUUCCUGGUGUAAAAAGGGUAAUAUAGCCAAUAAUUCCAAAAUAAAGAGAAGUUAGAGAAUUCAUACUUAUUCUGGCAACUCUAAUAACAACAAGACCUACAUAUCUGGAACAAUUUAUAGCUGAGAUCAUUGGAAAUCCUACAUUUUAGGUGUUUUGGAAGCCCCAUGAAGAUGUAUAGCUAAACUAUAAGGCUCUCUCCAGCCUACAGUUACAAUGACAUUAGAUCUGUGUCUUGCUCAUAUUCAUGGUUCUAAAUUGGAUUGACUCUGGACCCUAUUCCAUCCAAAAGAAACAGUUCCUUAAACAGGUCUUUCCCCAGAUCCUAGCAGCCAAUACCACUCACGUAGUUUUGUUCAAUCUGUAUGUGAGUAAGCCUGGAGUGGCAGGAUUCAACACUUUUUUUUUUUUUAAAUAAUAUGGUGUAAAAGAGCAAGACAAAUUACCUAUUGCACUUACACAUGCUAAGCUUACUGUGAAGAAAAUAUCUGACAGCUGCUGCUUGAAGUCAUGGUCUCUUAAAAGUAUGAGUAAUUCUGUUCACUUGCAUUCAUCUUUCUGGAAACAUCUGUGUAUGAAGGAAUUCUUUUCCUUCAAGUUCGUAACAUAUUGACACAGGAAAAGUCAAACUGCCAUUGGCAUAAAACCACCAUAAGGUUCAUAAUUUUAAGGGAACAUAUGUUCAUCCUUUUUUUCAUCCAAAUGAAAAAA